AUGAAGUGUCUUGCCAUCUGUAUUCUCUCACUCAUUUGGGUCGUCAAUGCCCAGCAAUCUGCCUAUGGACAAUGCGGUGGGACAACCUAUACAGGACCCACGAGUUGCGUUGCUGGAUACGCAUGCACGUCAUAUAAUCCAUACUAUUACCAAUGCGUCCCAGCUGUUGUCACAACGAAGAGCGUGACAACCACGUUGGUCACUUCAACCACAAGCAAGACCUCAAUAACUGGUGUUACUUCGACCACAAGCAAGACCUCGACAGCCAGUGUUACUUCGGCCAAAACAAGCAGCGGAACGUCAGCCACCACCACUGCAUCUGCAGCUGGGAACCCGUACGCCGGAUACCAGCUUUAUAAGAAUGCGGAAUAUUCGUCCGAGGUGUACGCCUCUGCUAUCCCUUCCUUAACUGGAACUCUUCUUGCAGCAGCCAGCGCCGCGGCAGAAGUGCCAUCUUUCCUUUGGCUAGACACUACAGCAAAGGUACCACUGAUGGGCACCUACUUGCAGAGUAUCAAGGCAUUGAACGCCGCAGGAGCCAAUCCUCCCUAUGCCGGCCAAUUCGUCGUCUACGAUUUGCCGGAUCGCGACUGCUCCGCCGCGGCGAGUAACGGGGAGUUUACCAUUGCCGAUAAUGGUGUUGCUAAUUACUUCGCCUAUAUCGAUUCUAUCCGCGCGCUCUUGGUUACUUAUUCGGAUGUCCAUACUAUCCUUGUAAUCGAACCUGAUAGCUUGGCCAACUUGAUCACGAACUUGAAUGUUGCGAAGUGCGCUGGAGCUCAGAGUGCGUACAUGCAGUGUGUCAAUUACGCACUAACGCAACUGAAUCUUCCGAACGUCGCCAUGUACAUCGAUGCCGGACAUGCGGGAUGGCUAGGCUGGUCCGCCAACAUCGGCCCCGCCGCUACCCUCUUUGCAACCGUAUACAAGAAUGCAGGUGCGCCAGCCUCUCUACGUGGACUGGCAACCAAUGUCGCAAACUACAAUGCAUGGACCAUUAGUCCAUGCCCGUCUUACACGUCAGGCGAUGCCAGUUGCGAUGAGCAGCUGUAUAUCAACGCUUUGGCGCCAUUGCUUGCAAGCCAAGGCUGGUCAGCUCACUUCAUCACCGACACCGGCCGUAACGGUGUUCAACCGACUGCUCAGAAUGCCUGGGGUGACUGGUGUAACUUAAUCGGAACUGGUUUUGGCGUGCGUCCUACCACGAACACGGGCGAUGCAUUAGAGGAUGCUUUCGUCUGGGUCAAACCCGGUGGCGAGGCAGAUGGUAGUUCAAAUUCCACGGCGCCUCGUUACGACUUUCAUUGCGGCUCUAGCGACGCGCUUCAGCCUGCCCCCCAGGCUGGUACUUGGUUCGAGGCUUACUUCGUACAACUUCUUACCAACGCAAACCCGAAGUUCUAA